CUUAAUCUCUCAAAUCAGAUGUUUGGCUGCACUAUCCUCUGCAACAAGAAGUCAUGCCAGCUGGACACACUCUCCUUCCCAGGCCCCUAACAGCUAGAAGGGAGCUGAGACCACAGCUUUUAAGACCCUGAGCCCCAGGUUUGUGGCUCUGUCUCAACUGUGUCGCUCAAGGAGGGCCACCCCAAGCAAUGAUCUCCUCAUUGUUCCUGGCUUUCUUAUUCCUGACUCUGGCCACAGUGUCCAUUCCCAGAGCUGACAGUCAGUGUCUGGCAUGUGGGGAGCCCGCCUUGGACCUGAAGAGCCAGCGGAAGCUGCUUCUCGACCUGGCCAAGAGAAGCAUCUUGGACAAGCUGCACCUCAGCCAUCGCCCAACACUGAGCAGGCCUGUGUCCAGAGCUGCUCUGAGGACAGCACUGCAGCGCCUCCACGGGCCCCCCAAGGGGGCGCAUCCGGAAGCUGACAAUGGACAGGAAUAUGAAAUCAUCAGCUUUGCUGAGACAGGCCUCUCCAACAACCAGACUCGUCUUGAUUUCCGCGUCUCCUCUGAUAGAACUGUUGGUGGCAUGGAGGUCCAGCAGGCCAGCCUUAUGUUCUUUGUGCAGCUCCCUCCCAAUACCACCUGGACUCUGAAGGUGAGGGUCCUUGUGCUAGGCCCACGUGACGCCAACCUCACCUUGGCCACUCAGCACCUGCUGGAGGUAGACGCCAGUGGCUGGCACCAGCUUUUCCUGGGGCCUGAAGCUCAGGCUGCCUGCAGCCAGGGACACCUGACCCUGGAGCUGGUACCUGAAGGCCAGGUAGCCCAGAGCUCAGUCAUCCUGGGUGGGGCUGCCCAUAGGCCUUUUGUGGUAGCCCGGGUGAGAGUUGGGGGCAAGCACCGGGUUCGCCGGCAUGGCAUCGACUGCCAGGGUGGGUCCAGAAUGUGCUGUCGACAAGAGUUCUUUGUGGACUUCCGUGAGAUUGGCUGGCACGACUGGAUAAUCCAACCUGAGGGCUAUGCAAUGAACUUCUGCACAGGGCAGUGCCCACUGCAUGUGGCAGGCAUGCCUGGCAUUGCCGCCUCCUUUCACACUGCAGUGCUCAAUCUUCUCAAGGCCAAUACAGCUACAGGCACCGCUGGAGGGGGCUCAUGCUGCGUGCCCACAGCCCGGCGCCCCCUGUCUCUGCUGUAUUAUGACAGGGACAGCAACAUUGUCAAGACGGACAUACCUGACAUGGUGGUAGAGGCCUGCGGGUGCAGUUAGUCCACGUGUGGUACGAGAAGCCCAAGGUGGGAGAGGCAAACAUGCCCCCACAGAGGUGCCCUUCUUGAGAAGAGGGACUGACUCCAUUACUGCCCCUGUCCUGAAGGUAGCCACUUUCUUUCUGAACAACCUAUGGAAAUUAUCCCAACUUUGACUUAAGGGGUUCUUCAUCUAAGGAGAGUCACUGUGCCAUCUUCACAACCACCAGCCUCUCUACUAGAUAGUCCAUCCAGCAAAUCCCACACACUUAACUGUCAUCCCAGAGACUCUGAUCCACCUCCAACCAUAAGCAGUGCCAUCUGGUUCCCAGACAGACACCCAUAGCCCACCAUUAAUCCACCCCAUAAUCCUCUAUGCCUCCCUGCCCUUUCUACUCAAUGGCUCCCACUCUGGAUAAGUGGACCCAGCCUCUUCCCUUGAUUUUCUGGAUCUCCAGAAAGCACCCUCCUUGGUUUCUGCAAAGAUUUUUACUUGCCCGUGUGAGCUUCUAAGGCUCUCUUGGCACACCCACCUCUAUUCUUUGUCUUUCUCUGCCUUGCCCUAUCACCUUUGGGGCUGAUUCACCUGGGCUCCUUUGGCCCCUGCUUCCUGCCAAGAUUGACUUAAGGGGAUACACAGGCAGGAAGUCAGUGUAUUUCUUAUUCCUGCUCUUUCCGACUAGGUGCCAUGUUUCUGCAUGGCUGUGGCUGUGGCUGUGGCCAUGUCCCCACAGCUCCUAUCUGGCUCCCACAUUCCAUGGCUCCAGCUCUGCCUAGGUUCUGAUAUCACUGCUUCCAACAUCGGGGCUUGUAAUGGCUCUCUACUCUUACUAGUGUCUGGGUGCUCCAACAUCCCUGUUGGUUCCCUUAACCUUGCCCAUACCUAUGCAAAGAAGUCCUGCAUUAUGUCUUCUGAGUGAUGCAAACACAAACAGCUGAGUGGGUCUUUUGUCUCCUGCCUGGACCCUGACUGACACCCAAUGAAACAGAGCCUGCCUGUCCUGACCACUUCUGCUCUCUCUUCACACAGACUCCUUGGGCCUGAGCUAUUGUGUCCAUCCCACACUUCACACUUCUUUGUUAGGUCCCCUCCACCUUCCCAGAACCAUUUUUGCUGGCCAGAAGGCUAAUAAAGACCUGGGUUUUACCUGCUCCUCUCCUUCUGUACCUACUCCAAGAGAUAAGACAGAUCACUGCCGGUCAGCAACCUGUGGGCACACACACAGUAGGAUGCAGAGGAAUGGCUCAGAGCUGUCUGGCUUCCCUUCACUGAUCCCCAGGGCUCCAUCUAGGAGUCCAGCCUGGAAGCUGGAACUGGCCAAGGGCCACUUGAAUGGGACUGAGAGAAGAAAAAGAAGGCCUGGGGUGAGAAAAGGGAGGCAUUUGCUCUGAGACUGGGUCUUCUCCAGACCUUUGCCCUCUUCCCCCACCAUCUCCUCCCUUUGGUUGGACAACCCUGAACCAUGAGGUCGAUAUUGUCUGCAGCCCAAGGCCGAGUUUUCGCAAAACCCAUGUGUCCUUCGGGUUACGUGAUGUCUGUGUUUGCUCAGCUUAUAACCCCCUGCUACCAGGGUCUGAGGUCCCUGGAAUGGAAACCCUAGAGGAGAAAGUCUGAAAUGGACCUUCUGGGAGACUGCAAAUCUGAGUUGCUGAGGAACUUCCUGAGCAAACUUAUGGAAGUUAUCCCCCAGUUUUCUUAAGGAGAUCUUCAUCUAAGGAGAAAAUCUAAGGCAGUCUUCUACUGCUUCUCCCUCCCCACACUCCACCCCCGUCAGAUCUUACCUCCCUCACUCCCUCCCUCCCUCCCUCCCACUACAGCUCUAGUCCCCAAGACCAAGGCUAAGGGGAGGUGAAGUGGGGCACUCACCUUAGGGGCAAAAUUUUAAAGGGAUGCCAAAAAAUUCAUCAAUCAAGAUAAAUAAUAUCUUAAUUCAAUAUUUUUAAAACAUCAAAAUUAAUGCAAAAAAAUCCAUGAUGAACAAAAUGACAAAUUUUAAAAUAAACACAGAAUCAGUAUUAUUCCCUUUCUUUUUUGGCUCCACCUUUUGUAACAAGGGGAAAGAGUGGGUCUGUCUUCUUCCAAACCUUUUCUUUCAGAGCCCCCUGUCCCCUAACUCUAGACUCAGUCAGGCUUUUCUCAUUUGGGCAAGAUAUAAUAAUCACUCAGGCUUCUUCUACUUCCUUACCCACACCCAAGCCUGUCACUAAGCCCCAGCCCCCAACCAGGUUGGUGGUAGGGCGGGCCUGUAAGGCAGAUGGCUAGGGUAUUUAUAACCCAGGAGCACUUCUUGGGAAAAGUGAUUAAGAUGCUAAGAGUAUAUUUAUAGCUGGGUUCUGACGUAAGUGUCAGUGGGGAAGUAGGGCCAGGCCAAGCACAGCAGCAAGAGGGUAGGAAGAAGCUGGAAAUUGGGGACACCUGACAGAGAGGGUGGGGAGAGGUGGGGUCAGUGACUCCUACAGCCACUUCUUGCUGUUUCCCUUGACUCUCGCCUGGCACUAACAGGUAAGCCCUCUGAAACACAAUACCAUGGGCAGAAACCUCUACUUUGCAGUCAUACAGUCCAGACCUGAGGGGAUAGAGAGCUGUCACUCACCAGCUUUACAGACAGAGAGGGAGCUGGCGAGAGUACUGGACAGAGGGGCUUGAAUGUUUUAGGACCUGGAGAGAUGUGCAGGGUGUACAGGAGGGUCUAAAAGUCUCAUUGUCCCUUCUCUCCACU